GAAGCAUUCUCGUUUUGGCGCUUAACCUUUUACGUAAACAACAGCAUAACUCUGGUCCCAUCGAAAAUCACGAUGUGGUGUCCCACGUGCGUUAGAUGGAGAAACGAGCUUCAGCAACAUAUACUGCGAUUGAAUAUGACAUAUUCUGAAUCUUGGAAGUGGCAAAACUCAUACAAAGAAAUUGCAAGCUUAUGUGUUCCACAGAAAUGGUCAAGUGUUCCUACCAUUUCCGACGUCUCAUACUGCACCAAUAUUUGGAAAAAUUGCACAGCUUUUAAGAUAAACGAAAACGUUCUACAAGAGCUUCAGACGGUUAGAAAUGAACUUAUUGCCCACAGCUCGGAUGGAAAACUAAGUGAUGAUGAAACUGCCAGAGUGUUUGAUGCAGUCGAAAGUGUUUUCAAAGACAGAGAUGUAAUUCCUCAUAUCGAUGCCAAGAACCUUACACAACAUCUUCUUCUGAUUAAGAACCAAGCUCCUACAGCAUUGACACAUUUUAUAAAAACGUGUUCUAAAACGUUGGAAGAAGCGAAAGCUAAAUUAAAAGAUUUAGAUGAAAUUCCAGUACAAAAUCAAACAAAACAAAGGCGCAUUUUGAAAUAUUCAGAGCGGCAUGUAUCUCGAUGUAUCCAGGGCUUAAUAGUAGCUCUUGUUAUUUGGUGGCUUUUUCCAACACUCCAACAUUCAGAUUAUGACAAAGGGUGUUUUCAAGAAAACUAUGAGUACCCGUUUCAACAGGAUCUUCCUUUGAUUGGAUAUUUCAAAACACAUAAACCUCUGAUUGGACGAGAAUGGCUGUUUGCUAAAAUACAGGAUAGCUUAGAACAAACUAAACCUCGAGGAGUUUUACUCUUGGCUCAAAUGGGCUAUGGAAAAUCAGCAUUGAUUUCUCAUUUGCUGUGUGCAAAGCGGAAUGAAAAGGGCGACACAUUCGAGACAAAAUGGUUGCAUUUCAUAUAUGCAAAUUUGAUGUAAAAAGCACAAGAAACCCUGCCAGAUUCAUCAGACGAAUGAUCGGUUUCUUUGCAACGAGAAGUCCAGAAUAUGGCAGCAUCAUAUCUAUGCUACCGACAUCUUCUAUCAUAUUUGAUAUGUAUGCCUGUGAAAGAGAGAUAGAAGCUUGUUUUGAUGCAGCUAUACUUAACCCUCUGAAAGAGAUUGAAAUAAACAAAACAGGUUUAAAUGACUGGAUUAUAGUCGUCGAUGCUCUAGAUGAGUGUUAUGACAAUUCAUUAGGACGUAACCCGCUAAAGGAUAUAUUGUUUUCAAGAAUAAAACAAAUGCCAAAAUGGACCAAAUUGCUUCUGACUUCCAGAAACUUUUCGGUGGAAACUCGCAUACGACAAUACAUGCAUUUAUUUCACCUUUCAACUGACGACUUAAGAAAUAUAGAAGACAUGAAAAUGCUCAUUUUAAGUAAAUUUCCAGACGCGGGACCAAAUAUUGAUAGACUGACAGACAUAAGCGAAGGGAACUUUCUGUACAUGGUUCAUGCUCUUGAUUAUAUGAUAGAAACCGGCAACAUGGACAUGGAAUCAAAAAUUCCGUCUUCUCUAGAAGAAAUAUACGACAUUUACUUCGACAGACAAUUCGCAGAAAACGACGAUUUCGAAGAACUAAAACCAGUAUUUGAAAUUAUUUGUGCGGCGCUUGUUCCAAUGAAAAGUAAAAACAUACUGAAAAUCCUUUAUUUCAACAAUAUUACAACUACAGAUGAGUUCAACAGUAAACUUAAGAAGAUAGAACACUACGUUGUCGAAAAUGAAGAUGGUCUUACGUUUAUUCACAAAUCAAUGCAUGAUUGGAUGGUGAAUGCGGCAAACACACAGUAUUCGAUUUCUCAAUCCAGAGGUCAUACGCUCAUUUCAAAGUACCUUUUCAGUGAAAUAAAUACAACACAUAUUGAUAAAAGUAAAUUAAUCAAGCUAGCAAUUCAUGUUGUCCAUUCACACAAUGAUCAGUUGUAUGAGAUAUACCAGUCAUUGGAGAUUUAUACUGACAAUUCAAUUAUUCAUGAACUAAUUAGAGAAACGCCAUCAUUGAAGGCUAUGAAGCUCAUUUUACAUUACGUUAAAAAUCUAGAACAUCUAGAUGAAGCAUACGAAACCGCAGCAUUUGUUGCCGCGAAAGUAGGUCACCUAGACCAACUACAGUAUUUGAUCAAACUUGGAGCUAACUGGAAUUUUACCAAAAAUUAUUCGGUUUGCCAGGUGCGCAUUGGUGAUUUGCCGGCUGAACUGCGAAGAAUAAAGGAAGAAACGUUUUCAUCUUAUGGACUGCUUCAUGUAGCUUCAUACUUCAACAGAACUAACGUUGUUAAAUACCUUGUUAUCAUUAUGGAAGGGAAAACAAUAAUAAAACAAGAAACAGUUGUCGGUCAAACCGCAUUGGAUAUUGCUUGUGAAUACGGUUUUAUUGAUA